AUGUCUUCUGUUUUUGGUAACGUUACCAUUGCUAACGCAUUGAAGGAUCCUUCCUACUUCAAGACUUUACAAAACAUUGCUGCAUCUCAACCACAAUUAAAUGUUGUUGAACAAUACUGGUCCGCUUGGUACACUUACAUGAACAAUGAUGUCCUAGCUACCGGUAUUUUCUUCUUCUUAUUACAUGAAUUCACAUACUUUUUCAGAUGUUUACCAUGGAUGAUCAUUGAUCAAAUGCCAUACUUCAGAAAAUGGAAGAUUCAACCAACUAAGAUCCCAUCCGCUAAGGAACAAUGGUACUGUUUCAAGUCCGUUUUAUUGUCACAUUUCUUAGUCGAAGCCAUCCCAAUCUGGACCUUUCACCCAAUGUGUGAAUCUCUGGGUAUUUCUGUCGAAGUUCCAUUCCCAACUAUCAAGAGAAUGACUUUGGAAAUCGCUUUAUUCUUUUGUUUAGAAGAUAUGUGGCAUUACUGGGCCCAUAGAUUAUUCCAUUAUGGUGUUUUCUACAAGUACAUUCACAAGCAACAUCAUAGAUAUGCUGCUCCAUUUGGUUUAUCUGCUGAAUACGCUCAUCCAGCUGAAACUUUAUCCUUAGGUUUCGGUACCGUUGGUAUGCCAAUGUUAUACGUUUUAUACACUGGUAAACUACAUUUAUUCACCUUAUCCGUAUGGGUCGUCUUAAGAUUAUUCCAAGCUGUCGACUCUCACUCUGGUUACGAUUUCCCAUGGUCAUUAAACAAGUUCCUACCAUUCUGGGCCGGUGCUGAACAUCACGAUCUACAUCAUCACUACUUCAUUGGUAACUACGCUUCCUCUUUCAGAUGGUGGGAUUAUUGUCUAGACACCGAAGCUGGUCCAGAAGCUAAGAGUGCUAGAGAAGAAAGAAUGAGAUCUAAGGCUGAAAAGAACGUCAAGAAGAACAAUUAG